UGUCUUCACGCUGCUUACGCUGCUAACAGCUGACGGGACAGAAGACCUGGCUCGCUACGUUUUCUCACUCAAAACACAAUGUUUCAGCAGCGCUAAACCGCUUUCAGCGACUACAUCUCAGCUUUCACACAAACCCAAAUCCAGCCUGGGUCUGAGAGCCGUGUCUGGCCGUGCAGGAGGAGGAUGGCGGCCCGGCGCUGCUCUUCGCUGGCUCUGAGUGGAGGAGAGGUGUCGCUGUCUUUCAGAGACGAGCUGGCGGCCACUAUCCACGGAGCGUUUGAAGUGGCUGUGGAAAUCGCGGUGCUGGAGGUUUCCAAGCUGGUCAGCCAGGCGCUGGGGGACGUCCGAGAGCAGAUGCAGGAGACCCUCAGGGAAAACAAAUUCCUGAAAUCUAGGCUGCAGUCGGCCGAGCUGGAGCUGGACGCGGUGCGGAAAGGCCCAGCAGCAGCAGAGAGCCUGCAGAGCGGUCAGUCUGACAGUGGAGGCGGAUUCACCCAGCAUCAGAAAGCCGAGCAGCAGCAACAGCAGGAGCCUAGCACAUCUCAGGAGGCCUCUGAGGAGACCUAUGAGUGCGACGAGAGGGGCUCUGAGCAAAUAGACGAGUCUUUCAGAGAAAUCCGUGAAGAUGGACGCGUCCGUCCACACGAGUUGAACCCAGACUCUAAAACAGUGUCCGUGCAGUAUCUUGAUCCAGGUCCACAACAUGAUCCACUUGACACAGAGAAGCAGCAGAAACCAGAGCACAGCCCAGACACUGAAAGUGAGCAGAAUCAGUCUCCUGCUGUGCUCAAAGAGGAGCCGCUCCGUGUGAAGGAGGAGAGUCUACAGUCAGAGCUGGAUGAUAGUUCUGGAGGUGACGCUGAGAUCGGCUCCAGCUUUAAUGCUGCCUCUGAUGAGGAUUUUGGUCCAGACAGACUGUCUCUGGUUCAGUCAAAACUGCUGGAGGACUGGAGGCCAGAUCCAGAGCAGCCACAAAGUGAGAAGAUCAAGUCUGUUAAUCCUGGACCCAGCCAAAGUCUUGAACCUUCAGACAUCAUCCCCUCAUCCGUUGGUGGUCAUCCCGCCUUUUCUGCCUCUUUUGAGGGCCUCUUCCAGCCAGUAGACAGAACUCAACUUGCUCAACCUGCGCCUCAAAACUACGCUGUCCACAACAGGACAAACGUUCAUCCCAGUCUCCACCUGUGUAAAAUCUGUGGUCAUUCAUUCAGUCGGGCAAGUGAUCUGCGUAGACACCAUAGUCAACAGCACAGAUCUAGGGCCUCUAAUGCAGGGAAGACACCCAGUUCAGGAAGGCCAGCCAAGAAGCAGUUAUUUCCACCAGGAUGCAGUCCUUACCAUUGCAACGAAUGCGGCCGGGACUUUAACCGCAUGGAGAACCUCAAGACACACUUACGGAUACACACUGGAGAACGGCCUUACUCUUGCUCUGUGUGUGGAGUGCGGUUCCGGCACUCGGGGGCACUUACUCGACACUUCCGUAUCCACACAGGAGAAAAGCCUUAUGUUUGUGGGCAGUGUGGGAAGCGUUUCCGGAACUGCGGUGGACUGCGCUUCCAUCAGAAAUCUCACAGUAGAGAAAGACACAUCUUUAUGAAUUGAGUUUAAGAGUGAAGCGGUGUGGUGUUGUAUGGUCUUUUUGGAGUUUGUGUAAUGUGGCGUAGGUUAAAGGGCUUAUCAUGAAACAAAUAUUCCUUUUUUUAUAUUUUAUUUAAUAAGAGUUUCAUGUCGUAUGUAAAAACUGUUAGUUUUAGAGUAUAAUACUGUUGUCUAUACAGGCCAUUUAUGGAGACCAAGCUGCAAAAAGAGCUCAUUUUGCCUGCAUUAUGGGUGUAAUGUCACAACUAUGAACACGUGUACAUAUUGUUCACAUUGAAAUGAGAAGGAGUUUUGUUACUACAGAUGUUACUAUAGAAGCAGAUGUUUCACUGCCGCCUAAGUGAACAUAGGAGAAAAAUGAAAAUGCCACAAAAAUAGAAUAUAGGCCCUGUAAACAUGCAUAGAAACAAAUGGUAAAAUUAUAAAAAACGUUCUUCUGACUCCAUUUAAAUUCCAUAUUCCAUGUUAUUUGUAUUUUAAGCAUUUCAUAGUUGGGGUGACACCACUAUAAAUUUAGGUGAAUCAUCGUUUCCUUCUGAAUGAUUACAUUUCAGGCAAAGCAGCAUUUAAAAGAUUAAAUUCAAGGCAUGGGAAUCAACAUAAUGGCAACACCCAGGUUGGUUGGUUUAACUGAUGGGUGCCGGACUGAAACUAAAGAGUGAGACAGAGUGCACGCCUGUUAUUUGGCUGAAGUUUUUCUUUGUUUGUUUUUCUAAUUGGUACGGUUUCUAAUUUGAACAUGGGCAUCUUGAUGAGAUGAAUUAUAUGAAUUAUUCACAAUAAAUAUGGUAAAUUGUGA